AUGGCCUCCCAAGGACUCCAGAUUAUGGGCAUAUCCACAGCCAUGCUGGGUUGGCUGGGGGUCAUUAUCGUGUGUGCUUUACCCCAGUGGAAGGUGUCUGCGUUCAUCGGGGCCAAUAUCGUAACAGCACAGGUCAUCUGGGAGGGCAUGUGGAUGAACUGCGUGGUGCAGAGCACUGGACAAAUGCAGUGUAAAGUCUACGACUCCAUGCUGGCGCUCAGCUCCGAUCUCCAAGCGGGCCGGGCCAUGAUCAUCGUCUCCAUUUUGACUGGACUCUGUGGAAUCGUAAUUUCUCUGGCUGGUGGGAAGUGCACCAACUGCAUCGAGGACCAAGGCUCCAAAGCAAAGGCGUGCAUCGUUGCAGGCAUUCUCCUAAUUAUCUCUGGACUUCUCUGUCUGAUCCCAGUGUCGUGGGCGGCACACACGACCAUACAGAACUUCUACAACCCGAUGAUGGUGGAGGCCCAGCGGAGGGAGUUGGGCGCAGCUAUGUAUGUCGGCUGGGGAUCGGCUGGCUUGCUUUUACUGGGAGGAGGAAUACUUUGCUGGAACUGCCCACCGAAGCAAGAACGCAUCUACAACCCCAAGUUCUCCGCUGUGAGGUCCAAUUCUGCUCCGAGAGAGUUUGUCUGAGACUCAGAACACAUACGACCGGCCUUAAAAUGCACACUCAAGUGACUGAUUGAUCUAAUU